UGUGGCCUCAACCCUGGGAGCUAUCAUUGCUGUGUUCCUUAUAUGCGGCUUAUUUUUUCUACGAGCUGAACAAGGGUUUGAACAAGUUGAGGAGUAUGGUCUAGACAACAUGUUCGGAACGCCGACAAGAUUCUCAUACGAAGAGUUGAAGAAAAUCACCAAGAAUUUUAGCAACAAGCUCGGCGAAGGUGGAUUUGGAUCUGUUUUUCAUGGAAUCUUACCUUCGGGUUCUGAGGUUGCAGUGAAGCACCUUGUUGGCCUCGGUCCAGUUAACAAAUCCUUCAUAGCUGAAGUUCAGACAAUUGGAAGCAUUCACCAUUGCAAUUUGGUUACUUUGGUUGGAUUUUGUGCUGAAAAACUCACCAGGCUUUUAGUUUACGAGUACAUGGCCAAGGGAUCGCUGGAUCGUUGGAUCUUCAACAAAAACCGGGAAACUUCUCUCGGAUGGCAAAUCAGAAAGAAGAUCAUUUUAGAUAUAGCAAGAGGACUAGCCUAUCUUCAUGAAGGUUGCAACCAGAAGAUAAUUCACUUAGACAUCAAACCUCAAAAUAUCCUCUUAGAUGAGAAUUUCAAUGCCAAAGUUUCAGAUUUUGGGUUAUCAAAGAUACUUGGAAAAGAGCAGAGUCGAGUCAUUACGACUAUGAGGGGAACCCCUGGCUACAUGGCUCCUGAAUGGUUAAGCUCAGUCAUAAACGAGAAAGUAGAUGUCUACAGCUUUGGGAUUGUGGUCUUAGAAAUUCUGUGCGGGCGACCAAAUCUGGAUGGAUCUCAACAGGAAGAAGAAGAUCGGCAUUUGCUGGGACAUUUUAGGACAAAGCAAGAAGAAGGGAAACUCAUGGAUUUAGUCGAUAAGUGCAGCGAUGAUAUGCAGUCGAAUUCGGCUGAAGUUGUGGAGAUGAUGAAGGUUGCUGCAUGGUGCUUGCAGGCUGAAUAUGCAAGGAGACCUCCCAUGUCUAAUCUGGUGAAGUUUUUUGAGGGAUCAGUUGAUGUAGAAGGUAACAUGAAUGAAGAAUUUCUAAAUGGAUUAACACCAGAAGCAAUGGAGGCAUAUUCUUCAACCAUUUUACCCUCUCUAUUAUCUGGGCCAAGGUGACGAUCAUGGACUUCACGCAGAUGGGGACAUGGGGUGCAACUUGUAUGCUAUA